AUGGAAGACGGGUUCGUCGAUCAAUACACGGCCAACACCGACGCAGGUAUUGGAACUGUGCACAGCUGCCGCUAUUCAAAACAAAAGAAACCAGUACAGAACAAUGAUUUUUUGUCGUGUUCGACAAGUAUCAACAACGGACACAUCAAACUCUAUGGAAUCUUCGCGGGAUUCAAUGGCGGUGAUUACACGGCGAAAUUCGUAAUGAACCGAUUAGUAUAUGAACUCUUUCAAGAGAAUCCCAUUUCUCCCACCUUGCCUCCGCUCAUGGUGUGCAAAGAAUUCCGGCGGAGAUUUGAAAAUACUGCAGAAAGAUAUUUGUUAUCCAACGCGGAUGCUCUCAAUGAACGUUUGCUAAAAAUGGAGGAUCAUAGCGAAGCUGGCAAGAAUGCUGUAUCAGAAAUCAACCAAAAGAUCAGACAAGGUACCACAGCACUCGUCGUCCUGAUUAUCAAUCAAGAUCUUUACGUUCUGAAUUGCGGAAGCGGAUUAGCCAUAGCCAUGAACAGCGAGAAUCCAGUCCAAUUAAACACAAAUCUGCACGACAAGGAUAAUGUGAAAGAAAAUCAGAGGAUAAGAGCGCUUGGAAUAGAUCCUGAUACCGUUUUGAAUCCCACCCGUGCAAUUGGAGACUUACAAAGAACUCAUUUGUUCGAGGAGACGGAAGCAUUCAAAAAUGCAAAAGGACCUCCGGUUAUUUCCACACCAGACGUGCAAUAUUUUAGAAUCGAUCCCGCUUGGAGGCACAUUGUUCUAUUGUCGGAUGGAGUGGUACAGAAUUUGAAAGAAGUCGAAGUGGAGAAUAUACCAACUGAAGUAUCAGUGCGACUCAUCGAGGAUCACACCUUAACCAGUACUGCACAAGCGCUCGCGGAUUCAUUUGCAAGAAAACAUUUGGAUGCUUUCAUUACGAUGAACGAUGACAAAAACUGCUUCAUCAGCAACCAUCGAGAAGAAAUGACAGUGAUCUACGUGAAGCUACCAGAGAUCAACGCUCCUGGCGAUUUCUAUGAAACUGUGGACUCGGCGUUUUCUACAAUGGAAUCCACUAACGCUACAAUGGCCGAUCCACCGAGUCGUGUACCUUACGUCGAUGCCGUGGGAUUCUACUCUGGACCCAAUUUUACUGAGAUGAAGAGGCUUAUUACGAUGCUUAAGAAACGGAAGUGA